AUGGCUCUCGACGUCAAAGUCUUCGAAUAUAUAGUUCCCUCUCGCUUCCUUUCCUUCACGAUUCCCCGGCCGGAUCUCCGUUUGCGCCUCCUCCGAGUCGCCGUCCUCGAUUCACCCUUCCCGCUCCAUGGGCCAUCUCAAGUCGCAGCACUAUUUGUUCCCCUGAACCGCGAAUCUGACUGGAUUUUCUCCACGGAGGCCGGCCAUCUCCAGCUACUCCUCACCUUCCACGGAAUCUCAAGGCUGGUACUGGUAGGAAGAAACCCUACCGCCGAUGAUCCCGAUUCGUCGCCCGUCAUUUGCUAUGACGAAAGCCAAGGUACCCAAUUUCUUGAAAAGCUUCGAAGUAUGUUGAAACCGCUGCUAGAGGCUCUGUCCCCCAAGACUGAUGGCGCUGGCGGGUUAGAGAAUGGAUUCGCCGAUGUUCCCAUUUGUGAAUAUGUAGACAAUGUGAUUUCUAGGAGGGUCUUAACGACGAGUGUUGGGGAAUUUGUCGGUGAAAUGCUUGUUGAGGAUGUGGAGCUCGAGAUGGAGCAUACUUCGGCUGAAUUUGAUGAGAAUCAUGGAAGCAAUCGCGAUUUCAGGAGGCGAUUGAGAUUUAAGAGAAUGCCAAACUUGGUUCAAACGGAGAUUAGGCUUAUUCCAGCUUUGGUAUCGAGUUCUAGUGUGGAGAUAGGUGAAAAUGUGAGCCUCAAGCCUGACUGUGGUGUUCUGGUUCAACAUUACUUUGUUGCCAUGGUUGCUAGCCUUUCCUUGAUUGCAAAUUUGAUCGAAACACGAAUUCGAAAUGGUUUUAGGCCAAAAGCUUUGUGUUUGGGAAUUGGUGGUGGAGCUCUGCUAAGUUUCCUGAGAUCCCAAUUGGGGUUUCAGGUUUGUGGAGUGGAGAUGGAUAAGGAGGUCUUAAGGAUCGCCAAGCAGUACUUCGGGCUUGAUGAUAAUGAAAUUACCAUCCAUGUAGGAGACGCCUUUGAUUUUGUGGAUGAACUGGCUGGUGCAAGUAAACAAUCUAGUGAUGGUAAGGAAAAGAGCUGUCUCAUUGAGAGUGGCAGUUUCGAUGUGGUUUUGGUUGAUCUAGACUCUUCCGACGCCUGGAAUGGUAUCACUGCCCCACCAGUGGAAUUUCUUGAAAGGCAUACUGUGUUUGCUGCGAGAUCUAUCCUUGCUGAAUCCGGGAUUCUGGUAGUGAAUGUUGUUCCCUCGAUUAGGUUGGUAUAUGAUGACUUGAUACAGCAGUGUAGAGAAAUUUUCAGCGAGUUGUAUGAAAUAGACGUUGGAAAUGGAGAAAACUUCAUUCUGGUUGCGAAGGUAUCUCCUGUUCUCUCCUCAGCCGACGAUAGCAGGGAUGCCUUCAGUGAUAAAUUGAAGGAUCUAAUUUCUGGGAAAUACUUGGACUCCAUCAGGAAAAUUUGA